CUCAGUUCCUACUCCGACCAAGUUCUUCUCUUGAUUGGUACCAGAACCGAAGAUUGGAGUUCGAAUCUUCACUUUCGUUGUUUCUUCGAUCCAUGGGCAUGGAUCCGUCCAUUUCUACCUCUUCCUCUUGAAAUUUCACCCUCCAUCGGUUGGAUCGUUUGCAUUUUUUAGGGUUUUUAUCGGAGAUCUGACCGGAGAAAGGUUUUGUGUUGAAAUGGCGAGGAGUAGAUCGGACAGUGGCUUUGGAUUAUGGAGGUAUUUCAAUCCGGCGUAUUAUCUCCGAAGGCUGAGGCGUUUGGCUUUGCUUUUCAUCGUGUUCGUGUCUGUGUCCAUGUUGGUCUGGGAUCGUCAAACUCUUGUCCGGGAACACGAGGUUGAAAUUUCUAAGUUAAACGAUGAAGUUUUCCGGUUGCAGCAGGCGCUAGAAGAGCUAAAAAGCAUUGGCGGGGAUGUACCUUUUAAGAUACUGAAGAAUGUCGAGGAUAAUCCAGUUGAUAUCCAGCGAAGACAGAGAGUAAAAGAAGCAAUGAUUCAUGCUUGGAGUUCAUAUGAGAAAUAUGCCUGGGGAAAAGACGAGCUUCAGCCGCAGACGAAGGAUGGUGUUGAUAGCUUCGGUGGCCUCGGAGCAACUCUGGUAGAUGCAUUAGAUACACUUUAUAUAAUGGGUCUAGAUGAGCAAUUUAAAAAAGCCAGAGAAUGGGUUGCAAACUCGUUAGAUUUCGACAAGGACUACGACGCCAGUAUGUUUGAGACAACCAUAAGAGUAGUAGGCGGACUUCUUAGUGCAUAUGAUCUUUCCGGGGACAAAGUUUUCCUUGAUAAGGCUAAGAAUAUCGCAGACAGAUUGUUGCCUGCGUGGAACACUCCUUCAGGCAUACCUUAUAAUAUUAUCAACUUGAGACAUGGAACCGCUCACAAUCCUUCGUGGACUGGGGGAGAGAGUAUUCUUGCAGAUUCUUGCACUGAGCAGCUCGAAUUCAUUGCCCUUUCCCAGAGGACGGGGGACUUAAAAUAUCAGCAGAAGGUAGAGAAUGUUAUUUCGAUACUAAAUAAAAACUUUCCUGCUGAUGGUUUACUUCCCAUCAAUAUAAACCCCGAAACAGCUACUCCAUCAUACUCUACCACGACAUUUGGUGCCAUGGGAGACAGCUUUUACGAGUACUUGCUCAAAGUUUGGGUACAAGGGAACAAAACUUCAGCGGUGAAACACUAUAGAGAAAUGUGGGAGAAAUCAAUGCAAGGCCUGUUAAGCUUGAUCAAGAGAUCAACACCUUCAUCAUUUACUUAUAUCUCUGAGAAGAGUGGAAACUCCUUGAUCCACAAGAUGGAUGAAUUGGCAUGCUUUGCUCCUGGAAUGUUGGCUUUAGGAUCUUCGGGUUAUGCAUCUGAUGAAGCCCGAAAAUUUCUAUCACUGGCUGAAGAGCUCGCAUGGACUUGUUAUAACUUUUAUCAAUCGACACCAACGAAAUUGGCAGGGGAGAAUUAUUUCUUUAACGCUGGGCAGGACAUGAGCGUUGGAACAUCAUGGAACAUCUUGAGACCAGAGACCGUGGAAUCCCUGUUUUACCUAUGGCGUUUAACCGGCAACACAACUUAUCAAGAGUGGGGUUGGAACAUAUUCGAAGCAUUCGAGAAGAAUUCUCGCAUUGAGACCGGAUAUGUUGGCUUGAAGGAUGUAAACACGGGUGUCAAGGACAAUAAGAUGCAAAGCUUUUUUUUAGCUGAGACGCUGAAGUAUCUCUACCUUCUCUUCUCUCCCUCGACGGUAAUUCCCUUGGACGAGUGGGUAUUCAACACAGAAGCUCACCCUCUUAAGAUCGUGACUCGGAGUGACUCGGUGAGUCUUGGGCAAUCGGGUGGUGACUUGAGGCGUAAGCCUUCUAUUAAGUUGCGGCCUAGGCGGUUUGGUCGGAUACAGGAUUAGAAAGAAGGCUCUUCACUUUGCAAUGAGCUGUUUAUGAAAAGCUUUGAAAAGCACAAAUUGCUAGUGUUGUAUUAAUUGGAAUCUACCAUAAUUACAUCUACAGAACUUUUGCCGUAAAACUUAUAAAAUAUUACUGAUUUUACCAGAAA